ACACACACACACACACACAUACAAUAACUCAAAAUCUAGUUUAUUGCAUACUAUAAUAAGAUGUCCAUAUCAAUGGCGAUUUACUGUUGAUGUAGUGACAAACGAAAACUCCAUAUCACUACAUAUUCCCCAUGCCGCCAUUCAUCCCUCUCUUCACUUUCCUUCUUCGUUUAUCAACAUUUGCACCUCAAAAAUAACCAUGGAUUCCCAACGCCGUCUCCACACACUUACUAAUCAUCUCAUCAACUCCACCGCUGCCGCAGAAUUCGUUUCAGAGAAAGGAUACAGUGUUGUGCUUCCGGAGAAACUGCAGAGUGGGGAAUGGAAUGUCUACAGAAAUGGGCGAUCGCCUUUGAAACUUGUUAGUAGAUUUGUUGAUCAUCCUGAGAUUGCUACUUUACAUGACAAUUUUGUGCAUGCUGUUGAGACAUUCCGGGAUUACAAGUAUUUAGGAACGCGAUUUCAAGAAGAUGGGACCGUGGGAGAGUACAGGUGGAUUACCUAUGGGGAAGCAGGCACUUCACGGUCAGCUAUUGGUUCGAGCCUCGUGAGACGUUGCAUACAGAAGGGAUCUUGUGUUGGGCUGUAUUUUGUGAAUAGACCCGAGUGGGUCGUGGUUGAUCAUGCCUGCUCCGCCUAUUCUUUCGUCUCUGUACCUUUAUACGACACACUAGGUCCGGAAGCUGUUAGAUACAUUGUCAAUCAUGCAGCUGUUCGAGCUAUAUUUUGCGAUUCAAAAACAUUCAACAUUCUGCUGAGUUUUCUGUCUGAGCUCCCAUCAGUAGAGCUGAUUGUGGUUGUUGGAGGAGUAGAAGGUGAAAUGGCACCACUUCCCUCAACAAAACAAGUAGAAAUCAUCUCAUAUUCACAACUACUUAGUGAAGGUCUUAGCUGCAUUCAGCCUUUCUGUCCACCAAACUCCGAUGAUAUCGCCACAAUAUGCUAUACUAGUGGCACAACCGGAACGCCAAAGGGAGUCGUGCUGUCUCAUGGAAAUUUGAUUGCCAACGUUGCUGGAACGAGAAUGGGAUUCAAGUUAUAUCCAUCGGAUCUUUUCAUAUCAUAUCUUCCUCUGGCACACAUAUACGAGCGCGUUAACCAAAUCGUGGUGGUACAUAUUGGAGCAGCAUCUGGUUUUUAUCAAGGGGACAGCAUGAAAUUACUCGAAGAUGUGGCAGUCUUGAAGCCGACUAUAUUUUGCAGCGUUCCACGGCUUUACAAUCGGAUAUAUGCAGGAGUGUUAAACGCUGUUAAAUCAUCGGGUGCUUUGAGGGAGAGGCUGUUUGAUGCAGCCUAUAAAGCUAAGAAGCAGUCCUUAUAUACCGGAAAGAAACCUCAUCCAAUGUGGGAGAAUUUGGUGUUUGGAAAGAUAAAGGGAAUGCUCGGAGGCAGAGUGCGUUACAUGGUCUCUGGCGCCUCACCGUUGUCUCCUCAAGUCAUGGAUUUUUUACGAGUAUGCUUUGGUUGCACAGUUGUGGAAGGAUAUGGAAUGACAGAAGCUUCUUGUGUCAUUAGCAACAUGGACGAAACCGACCUUUCGUCCGGCCACGUUGGUGCACCCCAAACUGCCUGUGAAAUCAAGCUCGUGGAUGUUCCGGAGAUGAACUAUACAUCCAAGGAUCGGCCCCAUCCACGGGGUGAGAUCUUCGUGAGAGGUCCCAUUGUGUUCCAAGGAUACUACAAAGCAGAGGAACUAACUAGAGAGGCAGUCGACGAGGACGGAUGGCUUCACACCGGAGACAUAGGCUCGUGGAUAGCACGAGGCCGGUUGAAGAUCAUUGAUAGGAAAAAAAACAUCUUCAAAUUAGCUCAAGGAGAGUAUAUAGCUCCUGAGAAAAUAGAGAAUGUAUACACUAAAUGCAAGUUCAUUGCACAAUGCUUUGUACAUGGCGACAGCCUUAAGUCUUCUCUAGUCGCGAUUGUUGCCGUGGAUCAUGAUGCCUUGAAAACAUGGGCUGCAGCUGAAGGCAUCAAUUAUCGAGACUUGAAGCAGCUGUGUCGUGAUCCUCGGACGAGGGCAGCCGUGGUGGCCGACAUGGACGCCGUGGCAAGGGAAGCUCAGCUGAGAGGCUUUGAGUUUGCAAAAAGAGUUGCUCUUGUGGUUGAACCAUUCACUUUGGAGAAUGGAUUGCUCACUCCAACAUUUAAGAUUAAAAGGCCACAAGCGAAAGCUUACUUUGCUAAAGAGAUCGAUGAAAUGUACGCAGAGUUGGCGUGACAUUUUGUGUGAAAAUUGUGGUAAAGAUGCAUAAAAUGGUAGAGAAAUUAUUUUAUCCUUCGGAUUUAUUGUUUUUAUAAAUAUUUUCUGUGUGUGUAUACAUCUGAAUGUAUUUGUAACUUUGAUCAAUUUCUUCAAUCAUGUUACUAUUAUAUUUUCUUC